AUGCCUUCAAAUCAUCACAAUUCCGAAUCCACCCCCCUCCUGCACCACAUCGUGCCGCAACACAUUCAUCCUGAUGGAGAGAGCGGCCGUACUGGUUUCCAAGCCUCGCACUUCGUCCAAGUAGCGUGGAGAUCUGGCAGCAAUGCAGCAAAAUGGACCAACUUGCUCUGGCCGAUGGUGCCUGUAGCUUUCAUUAUGCACUUCGCCUUCCCCAGCAACCCAAUUAUCGUCUUUGCGCUCAGCUAUGUCGCAAUGAUUCCGGUCGCGAACCUGCUCGGUUUCGCUGGCCAGGAAUAUGCGCGGAAGAUGCCCAAGGUGUCUGGCAUCCUUAUUGAGACGGCCUUUGGUUCAAUCGUUGAGAUCAUCCUCUUCAUCAUUCUGAUCGCGAAGCACAGAGCAUCGGAAGGCUCUUCUGAACACGGCAACCUCAUUCCUGUCAUCCAAGCAGCCAUCUUAGGUUCGAUCCUUACCAACUUGCUACUUUGCCUUGGACUUUGCUUCUUUGUCGGUGGUCUGCGACAGGCAAGGCAGAAAUUCCACGCAUCGAUCAGUGAAGUGGGAAGCGGACUGCUACUUGUGGCAGGGUUUGGUCUGCUGAUCCCAAGCGCAUACUAUUCCGCCCUGAAAGGCUCUGCUGUCCAGAAAGCGACCAAACAUCACGAAUUCACCGAGAAGAUUUUGCAGCACAACGUCCUUAGGAUCAGUCAGAUCACCUCAAUUAUGUUGAUGGUUGCCUUCGCCAUCUUCAUAUUCUAUAAUGUCAGGUCGCAACACUCCAUCUUCGACGAAGUCCUUGAAGCCGAUGAGCACGCCGAUCUUGAUCAUCACGAAGACGUCGCAAAGCCUAAGUUUACCUUUACAGAGUGCAUUAUUGCCAUCGUCUUGUCGCUCGCCAUUGUGACGAUGCUGGCAGUCUUCUUGGUGGUGCGCAUUGAAGAUGUUGUCGAAGCCGGCAUACCCGAUCAGUUCCUUGGUCUUAUCAUGCUUCCUUUGGUCGAGAAGGCUGCAGAGCAUCUGACUGCCGUUGACGAGGCUUGGGAUGGCCAGAUCAACUUCGCACUCUUCCACUGCAUCGGCCCUUCAAUCCAGACUGCCCUGUUCAACGCUCCUCUCGCUGUUGUAGUCGGAUGGGCUCUCGGCAAAGACAUGGACCUUAACUUCGAGAUCUUCAUGAUCGUGUUGCUUGUGCUCUCCAUUGUCGUGGUUGGCAACUUCCUGCGUGAUGGCGAGUCCAAUUACUUGGAGGGCGCACUCCUUGUCAUCGUGUAUAUUAUCGUAGCGGUCGCAUCCUGGUACUACCCCAAUCCUGACGUGGCCACAUCGAACGGCGGAUUAGACGGUUGA